UAAAAACUCAAUGCUUAGAUCUAGGUUAUUAUUAUAGUCAGACAUUAACUGAAUCACGCGUCGCGUCGAUACACAUAAUUGUCGAAAUAAUACACUUGGAUGCUCGAGGAAAAAUCAAUAUGUAAACAACAAUAAAUUCUCCUGUUUAUGAAGUCGCAUUUUUUAGAUUUGAAUUGACUAGACAUUUAAAAGCUUUUCACCGCAUCAUGUCAAUCACUAUACUUUCAUUAUCUUCCGCCAAUAGAAUCAGCUAGUCCCAGCUUAAUAUCUAGUGGCAUCUCGCUAGGAUGCUUCUCCCUCCACUUGAUCCAUACAAAGUCUGUGUUAACAGGUCGUCAAUAAUCGAUUCCUGUCUAAUGAGGUUGGGACUUGCUAGUUCCUUGGUUUGUAAUAAGGACAACAUUCCUUCGCUUUACGCUAUUUUUCUCGAUCACCAGUUACUCGAGCUUCACGAUUGUUAUAUAAUUUCAUUUCAAGUGUUUUAUUGAACAUGGAAAUUAAGUGACUACACUGUUUAUCACCAGAGUAAUAAAUGGUAUGAUCUUUAAACAUGGAGGAACAAACGUUAAAUUUACGAACAAGUGAAGAACAGAAAAUGAUGUCGCCAAGGGGGAGUGUUUAUAGUCCCAAAUCGUUCUCACCAAAAGGAAAGGAAACUCAAAGAUUUUUCCCACCUGAUCGACCAAAGUUUGGAACUCAGAAUUCAAGAGAAAGUGAUGAAACAUCUCGAUUAUCAACGUCCGACAAUGCUGAAGCUCCCUUGUCGCCAGAAGCACGACUUGAUAGUAGGAGGAUGUCACUUACAAGUUAUGGUCGCCGACGUUUAUCCAUAAUAUCCAAUACUCCACCAGCAAAUCCUCAACCACCAAUAAGGACUUUCAAAUCUCUUGGUGGUAAAGUCGCAUCCAUGGUUCGCGCCAAGAUGGCUUUUCAAAAAACGAAGUUAUCGGCUAUUGACGACCAAACUGAAAUGACCAUGAUAAAAGAGCUACCCAAGAAGCCUAGGUUUAGCUCAUUCAUGUCGCCCGAAGCCCAAUUCGCUAUGAUGAAAGGAUAUGAGGAUAACGUUUACGGGAAAAUGUCAAGCACCCAGCCAGAGAGCAAACCAUUUCUAAGACGGAAUAAAACUCCAGAACAACCAAUUGAUAUCAAAGAUGUUAAACGACCGGCUAUCAGUCGCCAACAAUCACUUCUAGAUGUUCGAAAAAAUCCGUACAGUCCCCUCUUCUCUAGCACACCCCGUUCUACGUCAGAAUCUGACAGUUCCCGGAGACCUCAUACUGCACACAGGAUUAGAUCAUUCUCAAGAACACAGAGUCUUCCGACAUUUGUUCCAAAGGAAAAACAAUUAGUGCUCACCUACAGACUUCAAAGUGCUAUGGACAUGCUUGAUACUCUGCGUUAUAAUGACGGUGAAAACCCGUUGUCUCCGAGGAUCAAAUCGGCCAGAAGUGUCAUAAAACCUGUAGAAUUUAACCAGUGGACACAAGCAUGGAGUAAAGAAUUCCAACUUGCUACCAAAACCUAGAACAACCUAUGUUUGUGAUGAAUUAAUGUGCUUAAUCUUUCUGUUCACUCAGUUAAACUUUUUGAUAAAUGUACAUGUAUAUCAUUUAUAUAAAUAGCUUCAGAAUCAAG